UGCGUCCUGGUGAGUGGCCCGGCCCAAGCCCCGCCCCGAUACCCCGUCCCCACUUCGCCUCGCCUCCCUCAUCCCUAUCACCUGCCCCUCGCCCCCAUCCUCAUCCUUGCCGGCCCCUCCCCCGCCGGCCUCAGGGUUGGGGUGGACGUCACCGGCAGGGCGCGCCCACCUGCGGGCGGGGGAGGGGCCGGCGGCGACAGCCGGGGUACCUUGAGAGGGUCACCGCCCGCCGCACCCACCUCCCAAUUCUUCCUUAGGUCUAACUCAAUCCCCUUCCUCAGCCCUCGCUCGGUUUUUCCUGUGCUUACACCCUGGAAGCGGGGCACAGGGGUGGGGGCAGGAUUCGCGGAGGGGCUUGAGCGCUCAGCCUCAGCACGAGUAAGGGCUAUCGGAGCCAAGAGAAUCAGGCAGAGCCUCCCCCUACUUCUGCACGCACAUCCUCCCGGCUCCUUCGAAGGGAGGUGGCCAUUCCCAGGCCCCCCAGUUGCAAACUCCCUGCUGACUCAAGCCUGGGACACUGGUCCAGGUGGAAAGCUCCUGUUCCCACACUCUGGAGUGGGCCAUGGGGGACACUACGGGCUCCACAAGGUGUUCUCCAUCGCCGUCUUCGGGCCCAUAGUCAACGAGGGCUACGUGAACGCCGACAGCGACCCGAGCUGCGCUGCGUCUUCAACGGCAACGCGGGUGCCUGCCGCUUCGGCGGUCGCUCUCGGCCUUGGGGCCUUCCUCGCCUGCGCCGCGUUCCUGCUGCUCGACGUGCACUUCCAGCAGAUCAGCAGCGUCCGCGACCGUCGCCGUGCGGUGCUGCUCGAUCUGGGCUUCUCAGGGCUCUGGUCCUUCCUGUGGUUCGUGGGCUUUUGUUUCCUCACCAACCAGUGGCAGCGCACGGCGCCCGGGCCGGGCACGACGCAGGCGGGAGACGCGGCCCGGGCCCCCAUCGCCUUCAGCUCCUUCUCAAUCCUCAGCUGGGCGGCGCUUACCGUGAAGGCCCUGCAGCGGUUCCGUCUGGGCACCGACAUGUCGCUCUUUGCCACCGAACAGCUGGGUGCUGGGGCGGGCCAGACCUACCCAGGCUACCCAGUGGGCAGCGGUGUAGAGGGCACCGAGACCUACCAGAGCCCGCCCUUCACCGAGACUCUGGACACCAGCCCCAAAGGGUACCAAGUUCCUGCCUACUAGUGGCCAGCAGGCCCAGACCGAGGCACAAAGGCUGCCCCACCAAUGCAGGAUCCAAGGCUUCCUGGGACCUCCCUCAGGUCCUCCUGGCCCAACAGCAACGUGUGGAUGCUGUGGGCCAUCUGGGGCCAAGAGAGGGUAGCCUCCAGGGUGACUGGGCUGUGCCCCCCAAGUUCCUCCGGUCCCUUUAGUCCCCAGCCCAGGGCCAGAGGUCCUGAGGAGAGAACAGCACAGCCCUGGGCACGUGUCCUUCAGCCUCCAGUGGACCAGCCUAGGCAGCGGGCCAUUCCCCUCAUGAGCCAGCCAGGCAGGGCUCACCUGUACAUUCUGGGGUCAGGUGUCCAGCUGCCCUCCAUAGCCAGGUGCAGGGGCUGCCCUGGACUGGGGGUGACUGGGGGAAGGGACACCACCCUCACCCCGUGGCCACUGUUCCCCAUCCCCUGUCCCUGUGGGUAGUGGUGGUCCUUGCUCUGUCCCGGUGGUUCACCCUGUAGGGCCACGUGCUCUGUCUGGAGCCUCCCUCCAUUUCCUCUCACAGGCUCACUAGAGUAGCCCAGCCCUGUCGAUGUUGUGAUUGUGGUCAAGUUUUCAGGUUUCACCUCAUAGUUCCCCACAAGCAGCCCCUAUUUUCUGUGGCCCCAGCUCCAGCCCUUACCUGCCUUGGCCCAGGCCCUUGCUGGGGUGCGGGCAGCUCUGGCCAGGAAAGCACAACAUGGCUGUAGACCUGGGCAUCAGCCCUCUCCCAGCCCUUCAGUGAGACCUUGCCCAAGGGAGGCUCCAGACACCUGGGUGCCCAGCAGGACACGCCCCUCAUGAGGAGAGAGGCCUAGAGGCUUCACCUUCCCACCGUGCCCUGGAGACAGCCAUUCCCCGCAAACCCCUUUACCUCGGCUCCCUGGACUAGUCCCUCCGCUCCCCAUGCUGCACCCCAUUUUAAGGCCCAGCCCAAGGUUGGGGGUCCCUUUGCAUAGCUGAGUACUCAUGCAUUGCUCAAAGCUGGCUUUUCACAUUAAGUCAAUACCAAAUGCGGUUGCCACAUUACAUUUUUACAGACAGACGCCUCCCUCUGGAGUUGCAGUUGAGUGACAACCCUGUACGUUGUAGCAUAGACCAACUAUUUGUGGAUAUUUAAGUGAACAUGUUUACAAUUUUUGUAUAUAUGGGUCUCUCCCUCCCUCUUCUGAAAGAACAAUCCGUGAUUGUCUAUUUUCAGUGUCCCAUGUUCCAACUGCAACUUCUUUACAAUAAAGACUGUAUAUGAGUUUACUGUGGCCCAGA